AUGCUCUCCCGCUCGUUGCUUCCGCUCAGAGCAGUCGCGUGUGGAAACCCGGCACUCUCCAAACGAAAUUCGCACACAAUUUGGUAUCCCGAUGCAAAGUUCGAACGGCAGUUCAAGGUAUUUAUUCGUUUUUGUCCGUUUCAGAUUUGAUUGCGUUUUUUUCACAGACCGGAGGAACCCUCGGUAGACUGUGGCUAUCCGAAAGAGUUUCUGAUUUUGAUGAGCAAAUCGGAUUGGACAAGUUGGAGAAAUUGGCGUAUAGUAGCCCUGUGAUGAGCGACAAUUACAGCGGAAAGCACAGGUACACGAGAAAAAUAGAAAAUGCUCGGAGGUUGUGAUGACAUUCAGAGAAAAGAGCCUGGAAAAUAUGAUUUUAAACUUCGGCCCACAGCAUCCAGCUGCUCACGGAGUUCUCCGUCUUGUGCUCAAACUCGAGGGAGAAGUCAUCAUCAAGGCCAUCCCGCACAUUGGCUUGCUUCACAGAGCAACAGAAAAGCUCAUCGAGCACAAGACCUACACGCAGGUGGGUUCAAGUGCUCAUAAAAUAGAAGGGAAAUGGCAAUUUCAUCCUUCCAGGCACUACCCUAUUUCGAUCGCCUCGAUUACGUGUCAAUGAUGUGCAAUGAGCAGGCGUGGUCGCUUGCCGUCGAGAAACUGCUCGGAAUCGACAUUCCACCAAGAGCCAAGUACAUCAGAAGUAAGGAAUUAAUUGAAAAAGAAGCAGAAGUUAAGAAUAUUAUAGCUCUGUUUGGCGAGCUGACUCGCAUUCAGAAUCACAUCAUGGGCAUCACCACGCACGCACUCGACAUCGGAGCGAUGACCCCGUUCUUCUGGAUGUUCGAAGGUUAGAAACGGAGAAAGAAGUCCACACAGCCAGAAUUUUCAGAGCGUGAGAAGCUUUUCGAGUUCUCCGAACGUGCCUCUGGAGCAAGAAUGCACGCGAACUACGUCCGACCGGGAGGCGUUGCUUGGGAUCUUCCGAUCGGCCUCAUGGAUGACAUUUACGAUUGGGCAGUCAAGUUCCCCGCGAGAAUCGACGAGUUGGAGGACAUGCUCACUGAGAACCGUAUCUGGAAAGCCAGAACCGUUGAUAUCGGUAAAAUGGGCAGCUCCUUUUGGUAAAGAUCUCAUAAUUUUUAGGACUCGUGUCUGCCGAUGAUGCUCUAAACUGGGGCUUCAGUGGAGUGAUGGUUCGCGGAAGUGGAAUCAAGCAGGACGUGCGCAAGACGCAGCCCUACGACGCCUAUGCUGAUGUCCAGUUCGAUGUUCCGGUCGGCACGAAGGGAGACUGCUACGACCGGUACCUUUGCCGCGUGGAAGAGAUGCGACAGUCACUGAACAUUGUCAUUCAGUGCCUCAACAAAAUGCCCGCGGGCGAAAUCAAAGUGGAUGAUCACAAAGUGGUGCCGCCGAAGCGAGCGGAAAUGAAGGAGAAUAUGGAGUCGCUGAUCCAUCACUUCAAGUUCUUCACCGAAGGAUUCCAAGUUCCUCCGGGAGCAACUUAUGUGCCAAUCGAAGCGCCGAAGGGGGAGUUCGGUGUGUACUUGGUGGCCGAUGGAACGGGAAAGCCGUAUCGGUGAGUCAAUCGAAAACAUAAGUAAUGUUGUAUAAAAAAAUGGGGACAAGAAUGAUGAUGACGCAUGUUCCCAUUGUACAUAAAUAUAUUCUAUUCAAUAGUAUGCGUACACAGGGUCCCCAAGAGAAAUUGGGCGCUGAGGUUGGGGGAUCAAAUUGUUCAUUUUCAGUUGCUUCAUCCGAGCACCAGGAUUCGCUCAUCUCGCUGCCAUUCACGACGUCUGCUACAUGUCUCUAAUUGCCGAUAUUGUUGCCGUCAUCGGAACCAUGGACAUUGUUUUCGGAGAGGUCGACCGAUAA